UAGGAGCCGGGUGGUUGCCUAGUGAGCAUACUAAAAAGCGGCAAAGUAACGCUCUCUGUUUUAUUAAUACAACGACGAAGAAGUGUGGAUGGCUGAGAAAACCGAAAUAUACAUUUUAAGAUAAUCAACAUUUUUAAAUGUUUUAGUUUCUUAUUAUUAGCUCAUUUGAUUCCAUAAUACAGCAACCUGUUUAGAGAAAAUCAACAAAGAGAAGUGUAGUUUUUCCACCCUCAAGCACCAGCUAUCGCAAUGAACGAGACAAACUGUUUGGACUACAUUUCCCAGAAACUCGUCGUCUCAGCCGUUUGACAAGCGACGGACACUUCUUAUCUUUCACACUACAGUCUGCAGCUAAUAUAGUUACAAGCUAGCGUGCCGAUCAGUCUGAGGCGUCAGGAUGGGAGUAUCAGAUCUACAGUCUGAUAAACAUGAUGGUCCUGUGAUGGAUCUUUCAGCCCAAGGUAUGCAGAAGCUGGAUCCUAAUUUCAUUUGCUCUGAGGACACUCACACCCUCAUCCUGGACCGUAACCACAUAAUGAAGUUGGACCAUCUGGAACGGAGCCCAGGUCUUAAGCAGCUCUCUGUUGCCAGUAACCGCCUGGUGAGGAUGAUGGGCGUGUCUCGAUUAACAGAGUUGAGUGUCCUCAAUCUUCCCAAUAAUAGUAUUGGAUACAUCGAAGGGCUGAGAGACCUCCCACACCUUGAAUGGCUCAACCUAUCUGGGAACAAUAUCAAGGUCAUUGAGCAACUCAACAACUGUGUCUCCCUUCAACACCUGGAUCUGUCUGACAAUAACAUAUCUACUAUCGGUGAUCUCACUAAACUAGUGGCAUUAAAGACACUGUUGCUUCAUGGAAACAGCAUUACAACCCUCCGUACUGUUCCUGCUCACCUCCCUGCCCGUUUAUCCAUCCUCUCCCUGGCAGAGAAUGAAAUUAGAGAUCUUAAUGAGGUGUCGUACCUUGCACCUCUGCAUGACCUGGAGCAGCUGUCCAUCAUGAGCAACCCUUGCGUUAUGUCGACCCCCUCGCUGCCGGGUUUUGAUUAUCGGCCUUACAUCAUGAGUUGGUGCCUGAGCUUAAAGGUCCUGGAUGGCUACGUUGUGUCGCAGAAAGAAGGUCUCAAAGCAGAGUGGCUCUACAGUCAAGGAAAAGGACGAUCAUAUCGACCGGGUCAGCAUGUUCAGCUAGUUCAGUACCUGGCUACUGUUUGCCCUCUGACGUCAUCACCGGCCCUGGAGACUGCAGAAGAUGCCAAACUGGAGAAGAUCCUCAGCAAGCAGAGGUUUCACCAGAAGCAGCUGUUAGAGGAGACAAGAGGAGGAUGUCCCAGCCCACCACGCCCAACUCAGCUGGAUGUGGAGAGGCACAGUCCAUCACAUGAGGGGCCACAGGGUGGAGCCAGAGAGCUUAAGGAAAUCAGUUCACCUGCACCAGCGGCUACGCCAUCAGUACAGGAAACGGAGCCAGUGGUGCAGUUUAAUACCUGGGUUAGCUGUGAUUCUUCCCACCCAUCAUUGCCGGUACCUCGCAGCCCCCGGCUCGGAGAGGAGCACAUGUAUUUGGAGGAUCUGCUAACGGAUGAGGACAAACUAAAUGGCAGCAUGCUUUCCUCACAGUCCACCUUUCUCCCCUUCACAUCCGAGCUGGAUCCACGAACGACCCACUCUGACAGCGAGGAUGAGACUGAGACAUUUGAACCUGACUCCCUGGCUCCAAAGAGGCCAGCACAGCCCAAAAAGCACAACACUAGAAAGGCACAUCAAUCACCAGUUGACAAGCAAGAGAGAUGUCCUGAAGGAGAAGUUAUUUGUGGUGCAGCUGAAACAGCUGAAUCUCUGGCGCUCAGAGUUAGCACACUGCAAAGUGAUCAUGAAACAUCCUCUGACUUUUGUAAAGUAGAGGUAAAAGAAUCCCCAAAGCAGGAAAAACAUGUUGCAGGAGCAAGUCAGUCAGCUACGACAGAGGCAGAAAGGGCAGCAGUGAAAAUACAGUCAUGGUGGAGGGGACAGCACAUUCGUUGUUGUCACCCGAUGGCCAGAGAGGUGCGCAGUGAAAUCCGCCUGCGUAGGAUGCAAGAACACAUCAUCUUCUUGUCUGACAAAUUGGACAGGGUGCAGCAGCAUUAUGAAGAGGAGCGGUUACAGAGGCUGGUUCAAGAGGAGGCUGUAAAGUUUCUGUGGAAACAGCUCCAGUCAAUGCAGCAGUGGAAACAGUCCAUGGAACAGCAGAUGGCUAGCAUAACUCAGGCCGUCACCCCACCUCAGAUCUCAGCUCCUAGACUAUGUGAACCUGCCCCGCCUGUUGCAUCCAGCACAGAGAACCCACCCAGCACGGACGUCUCCUUCCCAGACUCGGGCUUCCCAUCAACAGGCGAUCAGCAGGCAGCGCAGGACGACAGCUUUUUGAGCAGCGGGGCAACAGACUCUCUGAAGACGGUUCGAGCACUGAGUCCUGUUCAUAAUGCCUUUGCUGUGGACAGCGCAGACUGCAGCCUGCUGGAGCAGUACCUCUCCUCUGUGCAGCAGAGGGAACAGGAGGCUGAGGAAGCAGUGAGCGAUAGAACAGAGACACCACAGCCCUCCUCACCAGUGUCGCCAUGCAAGGAAGCACAGUCGGUAUCCUCCCCGGAGAAGGCAGCAGACAACCAAUCAGAAGAGUAGAGAAGGGAGGAAAGCACUCCUGGUCCGGACUGAGAGUCUGCAGCUUAUGAGCACUUUGUACAAACUACUGAUUGUCUGUAAAUGGGGCACUGACUGCAUCAUCAGAUGCAUUGUUCCCUGUUUAGACUUUUGUAAUGUCUGUCAGGUGCUCUUGUCCACAUUACUGACCCAGUUCUCUUAUGACAUGUGCACUUACUUUCCUUUGUUGUCUAAGACUAAACAAAGGGCAGACAUGAAAAUACUACCUUACUGUGAAUGACAUUCAACUGUUUUUGAAACUUGGAUUCAUCGUGUAAUUCAAUGAACCGUCUCCCCGCUGUGUGGAUAAUGAUUGUAAUGUAGUAGCUUUGGAAAAUAGACGCAGCUGCAGUGAAGAGGUUGGUACCUCUGCUGAUUAAAAGACCAGGCAUGGUAUAACUUA